AUGUGCCCAAAUAAUUACAGACCUGUUAGCCUCCUUCCCACUUUUUCGAAGAUCAUAGAAAGAAUAAUAUUUGUUAGGUUAAUGGCAUUUUUUGAUAAAAACUCUAUCAUAAAUGGUAGACAGUUUGGGUUCCAGAAGGGAAAAUCUACAGUGUCAGCUGCAUUUCAACUUAUUAAUAUAAUCUCUGCAGGCCUAGAUCAAGAUGACACAACAAGAAUAACUGUGAGACCGAGCUUACAGGAGGCCAUAAGUAAAAGUAAUCAAACAGUUGAAAUAAUCACCCACUGGCUUGAAGUGAAUAGAUUAAUUCUCAAUUAUGAGAAAACUAAUGCAAUCCUAUUUAGGAACAACAAAAGAAAAACAAGGAUCACUGAGGACAGUUGGUUAAGAUCUAAAGAUCAUAUUUCCAAUAUAAGGAAUAAAAUUAGCAGUGCUGUUUUUGCUCUGAGAUAA